CCGGGAUUGACUGACAGAAGGUCCAGUGGCCGCCCAGAUCUGACUGCUGGGGUGAUGGGAAGGUGACCUGGGCUGCGACUGACCAGGUGGAGUCUUCCCCAGAAGUGAGACAUUGAUGGGACUGACCAUCCCCAGGGCAGCUACAGCCCCUUCUGACUGCCCAGCCAGGGUAAUGGAACUUGCUGAUCAGACUGAUUAAUGGUGGACUGCCCCAGACUGGCUCACCAAGACUGAGGAGUCCACGCCUAACCAGUUUUGGGGGAUCCAGCCAGGGUGAAGGGUCUGAGCUGACAGCAUCCCCUCUGCCCCCCACCAUCUGACAAGGCCAGCCAACUUCACUGACCUCUUGUCCCCACCACUGGUGCAGCCAUGGAGAAGAUGUCUCGCGUGACCACAGCUUUGGGUGGCAGUGCGCUGACGGGCCACACCAUGCACUGCCACCUGGAUGCACCCGCCAAUGCCAUCAGUGUGUGCCGAGAUGCGGCCCAGGUGGUCGUGGCGGGCCGUAGCAUCUUCAAGAUCUAUGCCAUCGAGGAGGAACAGUUUGUGGAGAAGCUGAACCUGCGUGUGGGCCGCAAGCCCUCGCUAAACCUGAGCUGUGCUGAUGUUGUCUGGCAUCAGAUGGACGAGAACCUACUGGCCACCGCAGCCACCAAUGGUGUGGUGGUCACGUGGAACCUGGGUCGGCCAUCCCGCAACAAGCAGGACCAGCUGUUCACAGAGCAUAAGCGCACAGUGAACAAAGUCUGCUUCCACCCCUCUGAGGCCCAUGUGCUGCUCAGUGGCUCCCAGGAUGGCUUCAUGAAGUGCUUCGACCUCCGCAAGAAGGACUCUGUCAGCACCUUCUCAGGCCAGUCUGAGAGUGUGCGGGAUGUCCAGUUCAGCAUCCGGGACUAUUUCACCUUUGCCUCCACCUUUGAGAAUGGCAACGUGCAGCUCUGGGACAUUCGGCGGCCUGACCGCUGUGAGAGGAUGUUCACAGCCCACAAUGGGCCAGUCUUCUGCUGCGACUGGCACCCCGAGGACAGGGGCUGGCUGGCCACAGGUGGGCGUGACAAGAUGGUGAAGGUCUGGGACAUGACCACGCACCGCGCCAAGGAGGUGCACUGUGUGCAAACCAUUGCCUCAGUGGCCAGAGUCAAGUGGCGGCCUGAGUGCCGCCACCACCUGGCCACAUGUUCCAUGAUGGUGGACCACAACAUCUACGUGUGGGACGUGCGCAGGCCCUUUGUGCCUGCAGCCAUGUUUGAGGAGCAUCGUGACGUCACAACAGGCAUUGCCUGGCGCCAUCCGCACGACCCCUCCUUCCUGCUCUCUGGCUCCAAGGACAGCACGCUGUGCCAGCACCUGUUCCGUGAUGCCAGCCAGCCUGUUGAGCGUGCCAACCCCGAGGGCCUCUGCUAUGGGCUCUUUGGGGACCUGGCCUUUGCUGCCAAGGAGAGCCUAGUGGCCACCGACUCAGGGCGCAAGCCCUUCGCUGGUGAUCGGCGCCACCCCAUCUUCUUCAAGCGCAAGCUGGACCCUGCUGAGCCCUUCGCAGGGCUCGCCUCCAGCGCCCUCAGCAUCUUUGAGAUGGAGCCUGGCAGUGGCAGCAUGAGCUGGUUUGUUGACACGGCUGAGCGUUAUGCUCUAGCUGGCCGGCCACUGGCUGAGCUCUGUGACCACAAUGCAAAAGUGGCUCGGGAGCUCGGUCGAAACCAGGUGGCACAGACAUGGACCAUGCUACGGAUCAUCUACUGCAGCCCUGGCUUAGUGCCCACUACCAACCUCAACCACAGCGUGGGCAAGGGCAGCUCCUGUGGCCUGCCACUCAUGAACAGUUUCAACCUGAAGGAUAUGUCCCAAGGACUGGGCAGUGAGACCCGGCUGGACCGCAGCAAGGGUGACACACGGAGCGACACAGUGCUGCUCGACUCCUCAGCCACACUCAUCACCAAUGAGGAUAAUGAGGAGACUGAGGGCAGUGAUGUGCCUGCCGACUACCUGCUGGGCGACGUGGAGGGCGAGGAAGAUGAGUUGUACCUGCUGGAUCCAGAACAUGCACACACUGAGGAUCCUGAGUAUGUGCUGCCCCAGGAGGCCUUUCCACUGCGCCACGAGAUUGUGGACACGCCACCAGGCCCUGAGCACCUGCAGGACAAGGCUGACUCGCCCCACGUGAGCGGCAGCGAGGCAGAUGCGGCCUCCCUGGCCCCUGUGGACUCCUUCUCGCUCAUCUCUGUCUCACAUGCACUCUAUGACAGCCGCCUGCCGCCGGACUUCUUCAGUGCCCUGGUGUGUGACAUGCUGCGCUUCUAUGCCGAGCAGGGCGACGUCCAGAUGGCUGUGUCCGUGCUCAUCGUGCUGGGUGAACGUGUGCGCAAGGACAUUGACGAACAGACCCAGGAGCACUGGUACACGUCCUACAUCGACCUGCUGCAGCGCUUCUGCCUCUGGAACGUGUCCAACCAGGUGGUUAAGCUCAGCACCAGCCGUGCCAUCAGCUGCCUCAAUCAGGCCUCCACCACCCUGCAUGUCAACUGCAGCCAUUGCAAGCGGCCCAUGAGCAGCCGUGGCUGGGUCUGCGACAGGUGCCACCGCUGCGCCAGCAUGUGUGCAGUCUGCCACCACGUGGUCAAAGGUCUGUUCGUGUGGUGCCAGGGCUGCAGUCACGGGGGUCACCUGCAACACAUCAUGAAGUGGCUGGAAGGCAGCUCCCACUGCCCCGCCGGCUGCGGCCACUUAUGCGAGUACUCCUGACCCGUCUGCCCGAGGCAGGAGGGGGCCUGGGUUUGUGAACCAAAUAAAGCGGGAGCCACAGUCUGA